AUGAAUAUUCCUUUGACAGUGAAAUCCUUGCCUUCGCUUGACCCAAUACAGCGCUAUAUUUACACCUAUCUUCCCUCAAGCUUCUUCGCCUACUGCAGCUACACCAUCCACAUCAGCACACCAUAUACCAACAAGAUCACUGUUGAUAUUCAGAAAUAUCAACCAUCAACCUCAGGGGUCCCAAGGAUGAAACGGAAAAAUAAUAGAAUACCAGAUGUUCAAGUACGGCGGAUGACGGAAAACGGGCCAGUCAAUAACAUACGAGCUGCACACGCAAACCAGGACUCUGCAUGGAGGAACGCAGUUCAAAGACGAUUUGAUGCCUGUAUUGAUUACAAAAUUCAAAAAGGAACAGAACGACCGCAAGACUGCAUACAGCAUCUUUAUUACCGCCUAUCCGGCAUGAUAUUCAAGGGCGAGGAUUUGCCGCCAGAGUGCCGAUACUCAAAUAAACGAGGGGAUUCAGAGGACGAGAGUCCAACACAAGGUGGCAGUACGGGGUAA